AUGUCUGACAAAGGUGACUCACUUCCGCAUCUUACGUUCCCUGAACAGCAACAGGUCUUGCCUCCACGUGGUCAAGUUAUUCAUGCCACGACUGUUAGGCACGUACGUAUUCCUGAACCCCCUCCUAAUCCCCACAUGUGUCUAUCCGUACUAAAGUGCCUCUUCUGUUGCUGGCCACUCGGACUGGUAGCUAUUGUGAAAUCGUUUGAUGUUCAAUCAGCUCUGGCAGCAGGGGACAUACCGCGUGCUGAAAAAAGUUCGAAGAUUGCAGUCAAAUUGAAUAUGGCAGCAAUUAUGUUUGGCAUGGUUAUCAUCGUUGUUAAUCUCAUUCUGUUCCUGGGGGGGUUACCAAACCAAAAUCAGUAUGGUAAUUAA